AUAAUAUCAAGAGACAAAAAUAAAAGAAUGCUUUUUAUAGAUAUGUACAAGCCAUCAUUCACAAAAGUUGUAUCGAAUUCAUUUUGUGAGAUAAAUCAAAUUACGGUAGAUGGUUGUGAUCCAAACAAAACUUGGUGCUAUAUACCCAGAGGAACUAAUGCAACAAUUAAAGUUGAAUUUGUCCCUCAUUUUUGUUCAAGGCAUGUUAGCAUGGAUAUGCAUGUUCAACUUGGUUCAAAUAAAUUCAAUAUUAGCAAACAUAUUGACAAUGAAGCUUGUAAAUUUAUGACUUGCCCUGUGGAAUCUUUUAUAAAAAAUGAAUACAAAUAUACUGAUACGAUUUCACGUAAUCUACCAAAAGGAAUGUAUCUAGCACUAUUCGUCAUGCGAGAGGACAUCAAUCCUAAAUGUUGUUUUGGAAUAAAAGUUGGGAUUAAUUAA